AUGGCUAAAAAGAAGAAGUCAAAGAAUACCACCUCAACAACAACAAAUGAACCACAAGAAACAACAUCAACAACAACCGAAACAAGUUCAACCUCUGAGAAUGUGGAAUCACAACAAGUAGUAGUUGAACCUACUACAGAAACUUCCAGUCACUCUUCCGAGGUAAAUGUUGAUCAACAAGAAUCGGAGCAACAAGAACCAGAAAUUGUGGCAGCUUCAUCAUCGGAACAAGAGUCGAAUCAAGUACCGUCAUCGACAAUUGAAGAAGUAUCGUCAGUUGUAGUUGAUUCCCCUCCUGCAUCAGAACAAGAAGAAACAAAUAUCAGUGUAAAUAAUAAUACUCCAUCAUCAGCAACAACCACAGAAUCUACUGACAGUCACCAAGUUACAUCAUCAAGUAAUAAUGAAGAAUUAUUGAAAUCACUCACUGAUACUAUUCAAAACCAUUGCAAUUUAAUGUCUGAUGAAUUUACCUCCUUCACUGACAAGUUUUCACAAAAAGUACAAACUUGUGAAAAUAGUAUUACUAAAUCAAAGGAAAAUAGUGGAAGAUUAUCGAGUUCUAUUGCCCAACAAAAGAAGGAGGACUCUCAGAAAGGAACACUUUUGGAUCCAACUGUACAACAAAUGAUUAUGGGAUUCAUGACACAAAUUGAUCAAUUAUACGAGCAACGUGAUAUGGCAAUCACAGAAAAGAUGAGUAAAAUGGGAACUAAUUUACAAAAGAUUUCCAAAACAGUUAAAGUUUAUGAAAAUGUAAAGAAGAAGGAAAAGGAUCCAGAAGAUCAAAAGGCUGAAACAACAAAUGAGGAAGUUUCAUCAAAUGCUCAACCAAGUGACAAGGUUGAAUCUUCUUCAAAUGCAGAUGCAAAUGUUUCUGAGGAAGAUAUCAGGAAAAAGUGUGCAGAAUUUGAGAAAUUGUACAAAGAGAAGGAGAACGAAUUGAACACUUUUAAAACAAAGGUCACGGAUUGGAAAGAAAAAGUGAAAGUAAUCAGUAAUAAGGAUAUGAAGAAAAUUGAAGAGCUCAAAAAGCAAGUUUCUACUUUGGAAAAAACCAUUGAAGAAUUAAAUAAGAAAACAGAGGAGGGAAACAAAUCUGCCGAGUUCAAUUCAUCUCUUCAACAAGAAUUGAAAACAAAGGAUGAAUCAAUUGAGAAGCUGAACAAACAAAUCGAGGAGCUGAAACUUCAAAUAUCACAAAACGACAAACAACUCAAGGAGAGUGACGAAAAAAUCUCCGAUCAAAAGAAGACCAUUGAGGAAAAGGACAAGCUUUAUACUGAUCUUUGUGAAACUGUAAAGAAUACGCCACCAGUUGUCUCAGAGCCUGUUAAAAAGAGUUAUAAGGAUAUCAAGAUUCUCAAAAAGAUUCUAAUAGAUGGAGUUUUGUGGUUCUAUUUCCAAUACACAGACGAAGAAAAAACAAAUCUUGAAUGGAUGCAGCACGAUUUACUGAAGGAAGUUUAUUCUCAGCAAAGUCAAACAGAAUCGUUUGAUACAUUGGUACCAGGCAAAUCAAUUAUUGAGGAAUUGGAAGAAAACUUCCAAACAAAAUUAUCCGAAUUAACUAAUAAGUAUGAUGAGCAGGUUAAGUUAUUGAAUGAUAAGGAUGAAGAACUCAAAACCUAUAAGACUAGAGCACACGCUGCCUUGAAAAAGAAAACAGACGCUCUUAAUCAAGCUAAGGUUGAUUAUGAAACUCAAAUCACUCAACUAAAUGAAGCUGUCACCAAGAAGCAAGAGGAACAUGAGGAAUCAACAAAACUAGUUCAAGAUUUGCAAGAUCAAGUUCAAAGUUUACUUGAAAUUCAAGAAAAGGCUGUAAAGCUUGGAGGAGAACUUGAUCGUGUAAACUCAGAAAAAGAUGAUUUAGAGGACAGAAUCAGAUCUUUGGAAAAGAAGAUUGAGAGAAGUAAGGAGGAGUUCAAUCAAGAGAAGGCAAAUAUAAUUCAAGAAUAUGAGGCUUCCAUGAAGACUCUUGAAAAUAAGAAUGAUGAGUUGGAUGAUCAAUUCAGAAAAGAGUUGAGAAUUUCAAGAGAAAGAAGUAGAAGAAUCUUGGAUGAUAAGGAAAGAGAAAUUACCAAGCUCCAAAUGAAGAUUUCCGAAUCCAAACAACAAUUCGAAGAGGCUGAAUCCCUUAAAGAGAAGAAUGUUUCUUUAGAAAAUGAAAUUACCAUUUUGAAAGACGAAAAUCAAUCUCUUAGAAAUCAAAUUACUGAUCUAAUGAAUAAUGCUCUUGAUUCACCAUCAAGCUCUAGAACUCCAAGAAAGAUUGAUCAAAGUCAAAUUUUAGAGAAUGCUCUUUCAGGUGAGGAACCUUCCACUCCUUCAAAGGAAGAGCAGAGCCCUACCACUUCCACGCCAGCUCUGGAAAGAGAUUUCAAUCAAUUGGUAGAACUGGCCAAUAUUCAAGCAGGUAGAGAUAAUGAAGUUAAUCACUAUAAGGAAACUAUUAACAAGCUUAAGGAAAUAAUUAAAGACAGAGAAAGUAGUGAAAAAUCAUUUAGAGAAUUGGAAAAGCAAUUGAAAGAAGAAAUUGAACAUUUACACAGACUUCAAAAACGAGGUGAUCCUAACCUAGAAUACUUGAAGAAUAUUUUAUAUUCAUUCUUGACCUCAGAUGAGAAGAUUGUUAGAGAAAAACUUCUCAAGGUUAUUGGGCAAUUACUUGAUCUCAAAGAAGAAGAAAUGGACAAGAUUGCACAAAAAGUUUUUGUUGAAACUAGUCCCUCAAUUUGGGGAAUUUUUGGAAAUAAGAAAUAACUUAAUUUAUUAAACGACUGUAAUUUAUAUUGUGAAA